AUAUGUAAAGUAAAAUCUUAUUCGAAGAACGAAAUAUAUUUGUCAAAAAAGUUCGUGUCCGCGAGAGGUCAGAGUUUGUGUCCGGUAAUCCGAUUCGUCGGCACCAAAACCCUUCGAGAAGAGUUUCUAGUGGGAAGGUAUCUCUGUCUACGCAAUGUCCGGCGAGGAAGAUGCCACCGUGAGGGAGCCACUAGAUCUGAUUCGGUUGAGUCUUGACGAGAGAAUCUAUGUCAAGCUCCGGUCAGACCGCGAACUUCGCGGCAAGCUCCACCAGGCGUUUGAUCAGCAUUUGAAUAUGAUUCUGGGUGAUGUUGAAGAAACUAUCACAACAGUUGAAAUCGAUGACGAAACAUACGAAGAGAUUGUCCGGACAACAAAGCGGACGAUUGAUUAUCUGUUUGUGAGAGGAGAUGGAGUAAUAUUGGUGGCUCCACCACUGAGGACAGCCUUAGGUUAAGAAAAAAAAAACAUAUCUUUUUGUGCCUUCUUCUCUAUGGAGGUCCUUUGUGACUAUUGGUGUGUUUGGUCACUUCUUGUCUUAAAACUCAAAAAGCUUGAAGAAGCUAAGUUGCUUAAUUUUCAUUGCUAUUCGGUUAUGUCUCUU